CGCGUGUCGAAGGUCACGGCGCGCUCACAAUGGAGCUCUCGGAGUAUGUGCAGAAAGGCUUCCAGAUGCUGGCGGAUCCCGGCUCCUUCGACUCUAACGCCUUCACGCUUCUCCUCCGGGCGGCGUUCCAGAGCCUGCUGGACGCCCAGGCGGACGAGGCCGUGUUAGAUCACCCAGACUUGAAACACAUUGACCCAGUGGUUCUAAAACAUUGUCAUGCAGCUGCUGCGAGUUACCUAUUGGAGGCAGGAAAGCACCGAGCUGACAGACCAACUCUGAGCUCUUUUCUGGAAGACUGUAAAUUUGACCGGGAGCGAAUAGAACUGUUUUGCACGGAGUAUCAGAAUAAUAAGGAUUCCCUGGAGAUCCUACUGGGAAGUAUAGGUAGAUCUCUCCCUCACGUAACUGAUGUUUCUUGGCGCUUGGAAUAUCAGAUAAAGACCAAUCAGCUUCAUAAGAUGUACAAACCUGCAUAUCUGGUGACCUUAAAUAUAGAGAACACCGAUUCCCGUUCCUCCCCAGGGCUUAGCUUUAGUUGCAGCAUGGAGCAGCUGCAGGAUUUGGUGGGGAAACUUAAAGAUGCUGCGAAAAGUCUGGAAAGAGCGACUCAGUUAUAACUUGGGAAGUUAACCAUCCGCCCCAAUCUAGAGGAAAACCAGCCCGGGCUCUGGGAGCUGGACGUCCUCCCUGGAGCUCAGUCGGAGACAUUUCCCCUGUCACUCAUCAGUCCUGACAGGUUUUCCACAUGUGUGAGAGGGGUUAAGAAGGAAAAUCUGCCUACGCAUUGCAGUCAUCUUCAGUAGGAACUGUACAUUUCUCUUCUUUUGAUCUUUUUCAAGUCUUGUGAAAGCAAGCAGACAGCAUGACACUCCGAAUAAAUAAGUUGUUUCUA